GGUGACCCUGAAGGUACACAUCAGUGACGCCAGCACCCACCAGCCCAUCCCGGAUGCGCUCAUCGAGAUCUUCGCCAACCAGGUCUCCAUUGCCUCGGGCACUUCGGGAACAGGUGGCAUCGCCUUCAUCAGGUUCCAGUACAAACUGGGCAGUCAGCUGAUUGUCACCACCACAAAGCAUGCUUAUGUGCCAAACUCUGCCCCUUGGAAGCCCAUCCGCUUACCUGUAUUUUCUUCGCUGAGCCUUGGUCUGCUUCCGGAACGAUCUGCUACUCUAAUGGUCUAUGAAGACAUUGUCCAAAUAGUAUCAGGAUUCCAAGGUGCCAGGCUACAGCCUCGUGUUCAUUUCCAAAGAAGGGCUCUGCGCUUGCCUGAGAACACCAGCUACAGCGACCUCACUGCAUUCCUCACAGCUGCCAGCUCUCCCUCGGAAGUGGACAGCUUUCCUUAUUUGCGAGGAUUAGACGGAAAUGGAACAGGAAACAGUACCAGGUAUGAGCUGACCCCUAUCACGGCUGUCAGCAUCCACUUGCUGAGCAGUAAUGGAACCCCAGUGCUGGUGGACGGUCCCAUCUACGUCACUGUGCCCCUAGCCACACAGAGCAGCCUGAGGCACGAUGCCUAUGUUGCAGCAUGGCGGUUUGACCAGAAGCUGGGAACGUGGCUGAAGAGUGGUCUGGGCCUGGUGCAUCAGGAGGGCAGCCAGCUCACGUGGACAUACAUUGCCCCCCAGCUGGGGUACUGGGUGGCAGCCAUGUCUCCUCCCAUCCCAGGUCCCAUCGUAACACAGGACAUUACCACGUAUCACACGGUGUUUCUUUUGGCCAUUUUAGGAGGAAUGGCUUUCAUACUUCUGGUUUUGCUGUGUCUCCUUUUAUAUUAUUGCAGGAGGAAGUGCUUGAAACCCCGUCAGCACCACAGAAAGCUGCAGCUUCCCACGGCGCUGGAGAGUUCCAGAAGGGACCAGUCCACUUCCAUGUCACACAUCAACUUGCUGUUUUCUCGGCGGGCAUCAGAAUUCCCUGGCCCACUGUCUGUCACCAGCCAUGGACGCCCAGAGGCCCUGGGAACAAAGGAGCUGAUGAGCGGGGUCCAUUUAGAAAUGAUGUCCCCCAGCGGAGAGGGGGACCUGCACACGCCCAUGCUGAAGCUCUCCUAUAGCACCUCUCAGGAAUUCAGCUCCCGAGAGGAGCUGCUGUCCCACAAGGAAGAAAACAAAAGCCAAACCUCCUUUGACAACCUGACACCGAGUGGGACACUGGGGAAGGACUACCACAAGUCCAUGGAGAGUUUUCCCUUGAAAGCCAGAAAACCUGUGGGAAGAGAAGGCUACGAGUCCCCCGGCAACGAGGAUUACAGGGGCAGUUACAACACUGCGCUCUCUCAGCCUUUAUUUGAAAAGCAGGACAGAGAAGGGCCGGCAUCCACAGGAAGCAAACUCACCAUUCAGGAACACAUAUACCCCACGCCUUCGUCUCCAGAAAAAGAGCAGCUGCUGGACCGCAGACCCACUGAAUGUAUGUCAAGAUCAGUCGAUCACCUGGAGAGACCUACAUCUUUCCCAAGGCCAGGCCAGUUGAUCUGCUGUAGCUCUGUGGACCAGGUCAAUGACAGUGUGUACAGAAAAGUGCUCCCAGCCCUGGUCAUUCCUGCUCAUUACAUGAAACUCCCAGGGGACCACUCCUACGUCAGCCAGCCUCUGGUUGUCCCAGCAGACCAGCAGCUAGAAAUUGGGAGACUACAGGCUGAGCUUUCUAACCCUCAUGCGGGGAUCUUCCCACACCCAUCCGCUCCGAUGCAAGGCCAGCCUCUGUCUUCCCAGGCCAUCUCACAACAGCACCUGCAGGAUGCAGGCACUCGGGAGUGGAGCCCUCAGAACACAUCCAUGUCAGAGUCUUUGUCCAUCCCAGCAUCUUUGAAUGAUGCGGCUUUGGCUCAAAUGAACAGUGAGGUGCAGCUUCUGACUGAGAAGGCACUGAUGGAACUUGGGGGUGGGAAGCCACUUCCACACCCCCGGGCCUGGUUCGUCUCCCUGGAUGGAAGGUCCAACGCUCAUGUCAGACAUUCAUACAUUGAUCUCCAAAGAGCUGGAAGGAAUGGAAGUAACGAUGCCAGUUUGGACUCCGGGGUGGAUAUGAAUGAACCAAAAUCUGCCCGGAAGGGAAGGGCAGACCCUUUGUCUCUCCAGCAGAGCCACCCUGCUGUCCAGGAGCACCGGCAGGAAGAGCCCAGAGCCCCGGACAGCACCGCCUACACGCAGCUGGUGUACCUGGAGGACAUAGACCAGAGCGGCAGUGAGUGCGGGACCACCGUGUGCACACCCGAGGACAGUGCGCUGCGGUGCCUACUGGAAAGCUCAAGUCGGAGAAGUGGGGGGCAGUUGCCCAGCCUGCAGGAGGAGACCACCAGACGAACGUCAGAUGCACCCCCGGAGCCAUUAACCAGUCCCCACCAGAGGAGAUCUGCUCAUGAGGAAGAGGAAGAGGAUGACGAUGAUGAUGACCAAGGAGAAGACAAGAAGAGCCCCUGGCAGAGACGGGAGGAGAGACCCCUCAUGGCAUUUAACAUCAAGUGAGCAGUGCGCUGUAGGACCACUCACUGGAACAGAAGAUGCCGGAUGCCCUGUCUUACCUGUUUGUAGAGGAGGUUGACCAGUGACCGCAGCAGAAGUGGACACUGCAGUAUUGAUGGCAGAAAGGAAGGGAAGCUGUUGCUCGGAAUAGAAUAUGACUGACCCACGAUGCACCCAGGGUGGGGCCAGAAGAAACGUCUAGAUGUCGUUCCCGGACUUGAUGUGUCUGUCACAGCCAGCGACGCCAGAAAACUGCACGUGACGUUCUGUGUCCCAGGGGUCGCCUCGGUUCUCCUUCAGAUUCUGGGAACAGAAGAUGUUCUUUUUGCAUUGCCUGAAUCCAUUGUAAGUCGAUAAUGCUACCGUGAAGUUAUUCCUGGGAUGUUAGGGUAGCACUUAGUGUCCCAAGGUAGGCAUUAUCUCAAGGAAAAGCUAUGCAUCGCUGCUUUGUUUGACUUACUUUGCUUAGGUUUUGCUUUGCUUAGGUUUUCUUCUUUUUUGAAAAAAUACAAUUUGGUUGUACAAAAUUUUAUUCCCUCAUUUUAAUCUAGUCUCCUUCACAGUGUUUUAUUUCAGUGUCUCCCUUCAGGAACUCCUGCGUGUCAUCUCCUAACACCCAAGGCUCUAAAUGAAAUUGUACUGAAAUUUUUAUCAGAUAAGAGUCUUUCAAUUCUGGUCCCAUUAACUCCAAGUGCCUUUUUUUACAGUGAAAACAGACAGUCCUUCAUUGUUUUGGUUUUUCUUAACCCCUUUAAUUGAACUGCCUGGAUUUUAUAUAAAGUUAUAAAUGAUGCCCCUUUUCUUUAAACUGCAUGCUGCCAAGUGCCAUUCGUGCUCAGCAUCCUCUGUUCAGCGCAGUGUACUCUAGUUAUCAUUGUGUAAUGUGGGUUUUGUUAGCUAAGAUAGACUAGAGGACACUUUAGCGAUGCCCUUCCCUCUUCGUCCCUUUGGCACUAGCCGCUAUUAUGGUUUUUCUGGCUGUUUGUAUAUAUAACUGCGUAUUAUCUCUGGAAUCUUAUGGGCUUAUCUUGCUCACCAAACAUGAGAGUAUGGAGCAAGGGGACUGAAUGUGACUAUUAAAGAAAUCUUAUUGUACUAUCCAAAAGUGCCAGAAUGACUCUUCUGUGCAUUCUCCUUAAAGAGCUGCUUGGUUAUCCAAAAAUGAAAGAUUCAAAAUAAACUCAAAA